AUGGAGUCUCCAAUGGGCUCACCGAACACACCCUCCACACCCUCCACACCGUCGGUCCGAGGGCACUUACUGGCCUCACUUCUUUCAAGCCCCGUGACGGCCUCACCGAGUAGUCCAGCUUCAUCCGUUCAAACGCCGCCGACUUCGCCGCUGCAGUCAGAGGAUUCGAACUACAAGAGCAGAACACCUGAUGGCUCACCAGACAUCUAUGCAUCGAUCUUCCGGUCCCAAAAUGAGCAGUCACAGCUCGCAGGCCGCCGGAGCAACCAUCCUGAAAGCUCGGAAAAUGCAACCCACGAGAUCAACCGACGAAAGAAAAACUUCUUCGCCGCCAUCAGCAACCUCUUGUUUCCAUUGCUGGAAGACAGUGACCUGGAGUAUGUCGAUGAACUGGUUCAUUAUGCAGACGCUGAGAUCGUGCCCUUCGAACGUGUCGAGCAUCCCAAGGGUGUGAAAGCCGUGCUCAAGCCCCACCAACGGGAAGGACUGGACUUUCUUGUCUAUUUACGACGAAAUGGCAUCGGCGGCAUCCUGGCGGAUGACAUGGGCCUUGGGAAGACAAUCCAGACCCUUGCGUUGUUCCAGCACGUUAGGGAAAAUGAUCUGAAAAGCGACGAGGCACCAUUCCUCGUUGUCUGUCCGUUGAGCGUGAUAAAAACUUGGGUGUCUGAGAUUGAGAAAUGGACGCCCGGACUGGCUGCGAUCAAAUUCCAUGGCACCGCUGAGGAAAGAGAAAAGACCAAGGCUCUUGUCCGUCGUGCGAAGAACUCAAAGAGAGGUAUAUCUUCUGUGGUUGAUAUCGUGAUAGCAUCGUACGAAACACUCAUUGCCGAUAUUGUGUGGUUCCAGCGAGCCUUUGUUUGGAAAUAUGUCGUGCUCGACGAAGGGCACAGAAUCAAAAACGGACAGUCCAGGAGGGCUCAGAUACUGGGUCGAGUGCGCGCAGAGUUCAAGCUGGUGCUUACGGGAACGCCUAUCCAAAACAACCUCAAAGAGCUUUGGUCAAUUUUGAACUGGCUGUACCCAGAAGUGUUCAUCCGAUCAACCGAGAGGACUUUCGACGAGGCUUUUUCUCUGAACGGCGGCAGGUUCGAUCGUCCGUUCUUAGAGCGUAUCAAGAGAGUCCUGAACGUGAUCAUGCUCCGUAGAGAUAAAGAGUCUCCCGGAAUUAACCUGAAUAUCCCGACCAAAACGGAGACAAUCAUCUCAGUCCCACUGUCUCCCUUGCAGCACUCGUGGUAUCUUAGGAUUCUGACCGGCGCCGAGGCACUUCUUGAUGGAUCGGAAAAAUCGUCAUUCUUGCGCAGAAUUCACGAGUACAAGCAGGCCAGCGGGUUGCAGCUCCCUGAGACAAAAGACGUCGCCAACGACGCUUCUGGCUCUUCUCAAGCUCCGCAAGCACAAAAGAGAAAGAUCAGAAUCCUGGAUAACAUCCUGAUGGAACUGCGAAAGUGCUCAAUCCACCCCUACCUCCUCGACGACGCAAUACCAGACCCCUACACCCUCGAACCCCACAUCGUGAACAACUCCGGCAAAUUCGUCGUCCUGCAGAAAUUCCUGCACCAUUUCGUCCUGGCCGAACGAAAGAAAGUCGUCAUCUUCUCCGGUUUCGACCAAGCGCUGAACCUCUGCGAGGACCUCGUCUCCAUGCUCGAUACCACCGAUCACAACAAAUGCGUGCGUCUCGAUGGAAAAACACCGAGUGCUAUGAGGAACCUCUCUCUGUAUCUAUUCCAGAACGACCCUCGUUACAUGGUCUUCCUUGUGUCCAUCCGAGCCGGCGGCGAGGGCUUGAACCUCAUCAGCUCUUCGACCGUGGUCUUCCUCGACGAAGACUGGAAUCCGCAGGUGAUGAAGCAGGCGGAGUCGCGGGUCCACCGCAUAGGUCAGACGAAGCCGGUUGAGAUCUUUAGGAUCCAGGCGAAAGGCACGGUCGAGGAACAGAUGGCGCGGCGGUUGGUCAAGAAGGCGUACUUGGCUAAUACUAUCACUGGAACCGCGGAGAGAGAUCUCGAGACUUAUUCUCCGAUGCAGAGCCUUGGGUUUGGUGGCUAUGAAUCCGAGUCUCGUUCCGCCUGGAGCGAUGGUUUGGACGAUCUUUUUGGCGCCAUGGCUUCCGGGUCUGUGAGAUCGUUUGGUACCGGGGAUUUAAACAACUGUGACUGGACGAGUGUUCUCGAACUAUGCGGUGUUCGUCAGCACGGGCCUGACUCUCCUCAGUCCUCGUUCUCGAUCGACGCAGAAAAAGCAUGGAUGGAGCGUUCUGCCCGGGUGAGAACCAACCUGUACAACGGCGAAACAGUCGACACCAGCGGGCGGUCCCUUUCGUUAAAUCCCGAGAAGGUCCCAGUGAGCUUGUGCCGGGCUGAUCGACGAAUUGGAAAGGAGCGCAUAGUCAUGAUCGACGGGUUUGCAGUCUCGAAGCAAAGUCUCACCGAGGGCAACCCAGCCCCUAAAGCCAAAAAGACAGCCUCGUCCCAGAAAAUGUCUCACGAAUCUGUACGUCAAGCUCAAGUCCUCCACAUUUCGUUCGGUCAGCUAACAGUUCAGAAAUGCUUCUCCUGCCAUGGGCACAAUCCCAUCGACUGUGCCAUCUGCCCGCGGGCCUUCCACCAGAAAUGCCUCGAGGACAUCGACAUGCUCAAGUGGUCAAUUAACCGGAUCAUCUGCCCGCAGCAUGCCUGCUACGAGUGCGGCAAAAAGGCACCACAGGCGGGUGGUCUGCUGUUCCCUUGUUUGAAGUGCGUGAAAGCAUACUGCGAGGACUGUCUGAAUUGGCCUGGCACGAAGUUUGUCGGCGAAAACCGUCUCCACAAGGAUCUGGGACAUGCUCCGAGUAGCAGCUUCUAUAUCGAAUGUGUGGGUUGUACUCAGAAGGAUCUGAAGAGAUAUUUGCGCCAUGAGAUGGUUGGAUCUGUGAAGCGCGCUCGGUUGUCUGAUUGGAGGUCUAUGUGGCAUGGUGCGAGAAGAGGAAGUGUUGGAAUUGGGUCGUGA